CAUGUAAUUCCACCAGUCACCGAGCUCGCUGGUGGUCCAGCGCUCUGAUAUAAGAACAGCGCAAUGCCGUGUACUCAAACACUUGUUGGAUUAAGAUAUAGUGUUCUCCUUAUCUAUUAUUUCAGCCAUGUCUCAACAAAACGAUGCGCAGGCGCUCAGGAAGAGUCUCGCAGAGGCGGGACUUGUACCUGGCCCGGCAGCUUCGCUUGUUCCCGAGGACUUUUCGCCAAGUACACAACUCGCCAUUAAAUUCGGUGAUCGCCUCAUUGAGCUUGGGACCUUUUUUCGAGCUUCCGAAUGCAAGGCCGCACCCAGUGUCAGCUUCGCGCCAGAGGCCAACAGCACAGAGUCAUCGACAUACAUGCUGCUGCUGAUCGACCCUGAUGCGCCCACCCCAGAUGAUCCGAAGUUCGCUUUCUGGCGUCAUUGGGUGGUUUCUGGGCUCAGGCCUGAUGCAGCUCCCGCGUCAAACGAGGGUUCCCCAUCUGUGUUGACUGAGUUUCUGGGUCCAGGACCGAAGGACGAGUCAGCCCCUCACAGAUACCUGUUUCUGUUGUUUCGGGAACCUCAAUCACUGUCAUUGGCGAAGGACGAUGUUGGAGGUGAGGAGUUCGUACAGCGUCGAUCCUUUGAUGCCGCCAAGUUUGUCAGCUCGAACGGUCUGCAAUUGGUGGCUGUGAAUUGGAUGCUCUGUGCCGGUGAUGGGUGGACUGCCUAAACUUUCUUCGACUUUGGCCAUGCGUGCCAAACUAAAGGCAUGGAGUCUCUCCAGAUCUACCGAGAAUUGGCCAUGUGAAGCAUGCUGGGAUCAUUUUUUCCAUGGUUCACAUGAGCUUCACAGGUGGUUGCUGUGUGCAAGAUAAACUACUAGUACGUAGUCUAGUAAUGAACCGGGAGACCAUCGCAUAGUUUCAAUCAAUAUUUGGGAGCCUGAGC